GAAAAAAAUGGUUGAAGCAGAUCGCCCAGGAAAGCUUUUCAUUGCUGGCCUCAAUACAGAAACAAAUGAAAAAGCCCUUGAAGCAGUAUUUGGCAAAUAUGGACGAAUAGUGGAAGUUGUAUUGAUGAAAGAUCGUGAAACCAACAAAUCGAGAGGAUUUGCUUUUGUCACCUUUGAGAGCCCAGCAGAUGCUAAGGAUGAAGCCAGAGACAUGAAUGGAAAGUCCUUAGAUGGAAAAGCCAUCAAAGUAGAACAGGCCACUAAACCAUCAUUUGAAAGUGGUAGACGUGGACCACCUCCACCUCCAAGAAGCAGAGGCCCUCCAAGAGGUCUUAGAGGUGGAAGAGGAGGAAGUGGAGGAACCAGGGGACCUCCCUCACGUGGAGGGCACAUGGAUGAUGGUGGCUAUUCCAUGAAUUUUAACAUGAGUUCUUCCAGGGGACCACUUCUAGUAAAAAGAGGACCACCACCACGAAGUGGUGGUGGUCCUCUUCCUAAAAGAUCUGCCCCUUCAGGACCAGUUCGCAGCAGCAGUGGAAUGGGAGGAAGAGCUCCUGUGUCACGCGGAAGAGAUAGUUACGGAGGCCCACCUCAACGGGAACCCCUGCCUUCUCGUAGAGAUGUUUAUUUGUCCCCAAGAGAUGAUGGAUACUCUACUAAAGACAGCUAUUCAAGCAGAGAUUACCCAAGUUCUCGUGAUACAAGAGAUUAUGCACCACCACCAAGAGAUUAUACUUACCGUGAUUAUGGUCAUUCCAGUUCACGUGAUGACUACCCAUCGAGAGGCUAUAGUGAUAGAGAUGGCUAUGGUCAUGAUCGUGACUAUUCAGAUCAUUCAAGUGGAGGUUCUUACAGAGAUUCAUAUGAGAGUUAUGGUAACUCACAUAGUGCUCCACCUACACGAGGGCCCCCGCUAUCUUAUGGUGGAAGCAGUUGCUAUGAUGAUUACAGCAGCUCACGUGACAGAUAUGGUGGAAGUCGAGACAGUUACUCAAGCAGCCGAAGUGAUCUCUACUCAAGUGGUCGUGAUCGGGUUGGCAGACAAGAAAGAGGGCUUCCUCCUUCUAUGGAAAGGGGGUACCCUCUUCCACGUGAUUCCUACAGCAGUUCAAGCCAGGAACCAAGAGGUGGUGGCCGUGGAGGAAGCCGAUCUGAAAGAGGGGGAGGCAGAAGCAGAUAUUAAAAACAAACAAAACUUUGGACCAAAAUCCCUGUUCAAAGAAAUAAACAAAAAAGUGGAACCUUUUCUGUCAUAACUACCCAAGGACUACUAAAAGGAAAAAUUGUGUUACUUUUUUAAAAAAUUUCCUGUUAAGUUCCCCUUCCAUAAUUUUUAUGUUCUUAUGAGGU